CCACUCAAACCCCCAGCUCCCUCUGCAUUUCACCCCUCCUCUCCUUCCCUCUAGGCGCUCAUCCACCUCCUCCAAGUGCCACCAAACUGCAGGAUGGCCGCUGUGAUGAAAGCUCUCGCCGUUGCCACGCCGGUCUCGGCAAGAACACAGCCUCGUCGAUGUGCUGCAGGUUCGUCAGGUGGCGCUAGCCAAAGCCUGCAGUCGUCUUUCGGCGGCGUGUCCCUGCAGUGCCGGCACACGAAGCCAGCCCUCCACCGGAGGCGAUGCUCCUCCCGGCCGUCGAUGCAGGUGGUGAUGAUGGCGAAGCCGGCGAUCCAGUUCAUCCAGGGCACCGACGAGCAGACGAUCCCGGACGUGCGGCUGACCAAGUCCCGCGACGGCACCAACGGCGUGGCCAUCUUCAGCUUCGACCAACCGUCGGUGUUCGACUCGUCGGCGGAGCUGGGCGACAUCACCGGGUUCUACAUGAUCGACGACGAGGGCGUGCUGCAGUCGGUGGACGUGAGCGCCAAGUUCGUCAACGGCAAGCCGGCGCUCAUCGAGGCCAAGUAUGUGAUGCGCACGCCCCGAGAGUGGGACAGGUUCAUGCGCUUCAUGGAGAGGUACUCCCAGGCCAACGGUCUCCAGUUCGUCAAGAAGUGACGAUUUUUAGUUCUCUUCGGAAUUUUACAGGAUUUCCGUAGAAAACGGUCUAAUUUCUCUAAAUUUUCUUUGAAAAUCCUUCGAGCCGAAAAUGUCAUUGCUCUCACACUGCCUCGAGCACGUCUGUGCUCUUCAGUGUAAAUACUUCUUAUCGUAAGGUCGAUACAUGCUGGGUUCAUUGUGUGAUGCGUGAAUUGAUUGCGUUUCUUUUCUAAUGUGAUGUUGGUGAAAUUUUGUAAUUUAUGAGCUGAUUGGUCGUAUACUACUGUGGAACGUACUGUCAGCAGUAGCUGCCUACUUGUCCUGUCACUCUGUCAGUGUCGAGAUGGAGUAAAUUAAGCAACUCAAUUAUAGUGGUGAAUUAGCUUAGCUGUGAGCUUUGACAAAGA